CAAAUUCCUAUAGACCUAUACACUUAUAAAUACAUGAUAGUUUGCCUAAGUUUGUACAUAAGUUCUUUAGUAAUUUGACAUGGCUAACAUAGUUGCAAAAGACAAGUACAGAUCAAUUUUGCAUGAUGAAGCUGAGAAUAUCCAGUGGAGACAUGGUGGCCCUCCCACCUAUGGUCUUGUCAACCAGCUCUUUGAAGAAGGAAGGACCAAAGAAUGGCCAGAAGGGUCAUUGGAGGAAACAGUGCAAAAUGCUAUUAAGUCAUGGGAGAUGGAGCUGACACACAAGAUCCGCUUGCAGGACUUCAAGACCAUUGUCCCUGAAAAAUUCAAGUUCUUUGUUAAUGGCAGGGAGGGAUUGACUGCAGAGGAAACUCUAAGCAUAGGAAGUUAUAAUGCAUUGUUGAAAAGUUCUCUGCCAGAAGAUUUCAAGCCAUACAAGUCAAAUGAAGAGACUUUUGAAUCAUCUCAUGAAGUCUUCAAAUCAGCUUUUCCAAGAGGAUUUGCAUGGGAAAUCAUUAAAGUUUAUACAGGACCACCUGAAAUUGCUUUCAAGUUUAGGCAUUGGGGAUUUUUUGAAGGUCCAUUUAAGGGACAUGCCCCUACUGGAAAGAUGGUCCAAUUCUCUGGCUUGGGAACUCUCAAGGUGGAUGACACUUUGAAGGUUGAAGAAGUGGAGAUUUACUAUGACCCAGGAGAGUUGUUUGGAGGCCUUAUAUCAAGCGGAGAAAGCACCAAAACUUCAGCAUGUCCAUUCUCCAAUUAAUCAUAAGUUAUUUUCAAUAAUUAAGUUACUACAUGUGAAUAUAGUAACCUUUGGUCUAGCUAUAUUUCUAGACUCAAUCUAUGGGGUUGUUGGAGUGAGAUACGUUUAAAAUUAAAAUAAAAAACUAUUUCUGUUUUGUGAUUGAACUUUGGAAACAUGGUGUCAUGUGCUAUGUUUCUCUCAUGCCUCCUGCAUCGUGUUUAAUUUUUAAUGUGAAUUGGUUCAGCUGAAGCAUAUUGUUUUAAUAUA